UCGAUAACAUUUGCAAAUUUCGAAUCUUUGUAUCUUGCCUUGUACCGAAAAUAUGGGAGAAUUGAUUACAUUGGCAUAUUUUAUGUGAUUUGGUGAUUAUCCAAUCUGGGUGUGUUUCUCUCUCUUGAAUUUGGUUAUGGUAUGAAGCUGUGGAUGCAACUCAGGAAAAGGAAAGAUUUUUAUUUCCUUGGUGAAGUUGAUUCGCAUACAAAUAUGGGUGUCAUCAAGAAUGAAAAUUUUCCAUAUACAGCACUUACUACUUGUUGCUGGAGGCAGAAACUUGAUUUCUCAGAUUAUGAUGCAAGAAGCAAGUGGCGUUACGAGAACUCUGUGUGGUGAAAUCUCCGAUUCCAUCAGCAGCAGUCAUGACCAAGUUCCCGCAAAUCAACCAAUGAGAUACAAAGGUGUGGUGUGUCAAAAAGAAGGCCGUUGGGGUGCGCAGAUAUAUGCCAACGGCCACCGUGUUUGGCUCGGGACCUUCAAUUCUGAAAAGGAAGCAGCAGUGGCAUACGACCGUGCAUCAAUGAAGCUCCGCAGCAGCCCCACGUUUCGUAACUUCCCAUCAAACGAUAAUAUGAACGUCAGCGAACUGAGAUUCCAAGACCAGUUCAGUACCAAAACAGUACUCAGGAUGAUCAAGGACAACUCGUAUGCCUCGAAACUCUCGGACUACAUGAGGGGUCAAGUCCCACAAUUGCCCCAUGUGGCGUCCUUGCAAGAUGCACCGGCCUCUAGGUUGAGGGUCCUCUUCGAGAAAGAGCUCACGCCUAGCGACGUUGGGAAGCUCAAUCGGCUGGUCAUUCCGAAGAAAUUUGCAGUCAAGUACUUCCCUAUAAUCCCUCAUGCCAACGCGGGGAAAGAGGGAAGCAGCGUCCAAGAUGUCGAGCUCUUGUUCUUGGAUCGUUCGAUGCGAUCGUGGAACAUUCGAUACUGUUAUUGGAAGAGUAGCCAGAGCUUUGUGUUCACUAGGGGAUGGAACAGGUUUGCAAAGGAGAAAGGGUUGAGAUCAAGGGAUAGGGUUAUUUUCUAUUCUUACGAAUACGGUGACCAGAAAUUUUGUAUAUUGGAUGCAGCGUACGACGACAACAGGGACCGGGAUGGGCUCGUCGUCGAUGAAGAUGACGAGGUGUUGGAGAUGGAGAAGGAAGGAGAUGAGAGUGAUAGAAUAGAACCUGAGAAUGUACAAGACAAGGAAAAUGAGCCUUCUCUUUCGAGUAAGGGUUUUAAACUAUUUGGUGUUACAAUUGUGUAGUCCAUAGCUUGGUUGGUUAACUUGCCAUUACUCUAAUUGCUACACGAAUAGCUUAGGAUGACUUUAUUAUCGUUUCUGUUUUUGGCAUAUAAUUAGUUGCCCAACUUUUAAUUAUGAAAAUCAUUG